ACAUGAGAAAGAGAGAAGAAAAAAAAAUAGAAUUUUUGAUUUCAAUUUCUUUGUGAAAUUUUUGUAAUAAAAGACGACGACAUAAUUCUUUUUUCAUUUAAAUUUCAUUGAAUUUACACAUUUUUAUUUCAUUAAAUCUUUCCUUAUCAAUAUGGACGAAGUCGAUAUUGACAAUGUGGAAGAUCUUAAUGAAUUAGAGGCACGUUUGUACGCACAAAUACACCAUGAGGCAAGUGAAGAAUCCAAUAGGGAAAUUGUGGUUGAUACAAAUACAAACAAUAGUGAAGUAGCUGGAAAUAAUAAUACGGAUGCAAAUUAUGAAACGUCUUCGAAUACAAAUCGUAUAUUAGCCAGACGCUAUUGGGCCAGUGGUGAUCAGCAGCAGAAGUCUGCUAAAGAUCAACAAGUACAAGAAAUGCAGCAACAUCAACAAAAUUCAAAGCAGCGUUUUAUACGUAAUCCAUUUAAAACGCCAAACCAACAAAGUGCUGCACCGAUGUCUUUCCAAAAUAAAUCUCAACAGCAAAAUAAACAGAUUGAAAGUCAAACAUCUAAUUUGGAUGUGAAUACAACAAAAACAUCGGAUAGUUCUAAAAACAUACAAAAUAAAAGUAAAUCACAAACAGAAAAAACCACAACACCUACUGCUAACAAAAAUACAAACACAACGUCGUCUUUAGCUGCAGAAAAUUCAGCCAAAGAAUCAUCGAAUCCAUCAACACCCAUAAAUGAAAACAAGAAAAAUAAAACUAACAAAACAACAGAUCAACACAACAGUGCAAAACAAAAAACACCAGCAACAGAAAAAUCCAAUUUAAAAUUAAAUCCUGUGGUCGAUUGGAUGGAAAAAAAUAAACAACAAAAUAAUAAAAAAACAAACAAUAAUGUUAACACUAAAAGUCAAAAAAUUCCUGCUAACAAUAGUGGCAAACAGGGACCAUUUGUUAAACAACAACAAAAAUUGCAAAAAGCCAAACGUUUGGAAAGUAAAAAACAAAAAUCUAAAAAAGCUAAAAAUAAUGCUGCUGCCUUGGCUAGUAAACUAAAACCAACAGAAAUAAUUGAUUUGGAUUCAGAUAAUGAUUCUGAUAGUAGUGAUGUGGUUAUGAUACCAAUACCACCACCACCCACUUAUACGGUUGAUGAUAGCGAUGGCGAUAAUGAUGAUGAUGAUAAAGAUAAGGUAAUAUUGCAACAUGAAGAAAAUGCUUUGGAUUCUAUGGAUGUACAAAUGUCUUCAACUUCGGCCAGUUUUAUAAAACCACAAUCUUUAACAGCUACGGAAAGUGCUGAAAAACGUUUAGAAAAUUCUUCACGCUGCACUUCACCCUGUUCCAUACAAUCUUCUGAUGAUUUUAUAGGACAAAACGAUCGUAGUCGUUUGUUGGCUGGUACCAGCGGCAUGGCUGAUGAUGAAGAUCUUUUAUUGCUAACUAGCGAUAUAAAUAGUUUACUCGAAGCUCCUGAAACGGUCAAACAAGUUGUAGAUAAUGAUGUUAGCCGAGAAGAAACAGAAAAUCCCUUAGAUUCCAGUGUAGAACAAAUAACAGAAGAAAAUGUGGAAACAAAUGAUUCUUUAGAGUUUGCCACUCCCAAAACCUCUAAACAACAAACACGUGCCAAAGAUUAUCGCGUGGAUCAGGGACAAUUUAGAGCUUUAGAUGUCUAUGAAAGUGAAUCGGAUAUAACAGAUAGUGUUUAUUCCAAGGGCACUAGCAAAGCCACUGUUAUCAGACAAAUCGAUACCAGUUCCGAUGAAGUAGAAGAUAUAGGCAUCUCUAGAACUAAACGUUUACGUAAACGAAGAGCUUCUAGCAGUAAUAAAGAGUCAGAUCCUAAUAAUGAAAAUUCUCUAUCUAGCUCUGAUAAUGAAGACAAUGAGGCGUCAAAGCCAGAUGACAAUGAAGUAUUGCGUACACCUAUACCUUUUAUAUCUAAAGGUAUAGCUGUGGAACGUUAUAAACCACGUAAACGCAGCCGUACUUUAUCUACUUCGUCCCCCAUAACACUCAAAAGAAAAGUGGGUAAAACUUCAGUCGCCACAGGACACAUGUCAGAUAAUGAAUUCAUAAACACUUUAAAUAAUCUGGUGCAAGGUCAAGAGGGCGGCGAACAAGACUUAGAGGAAGAGGAUGAUAGUGAAACUGAAGAUAUUCCUACAGCCCGAGAUAUAGCUGAAAAGAUAUUGGCACAGCAUGAACAAAAAGAAAAAUCUAAAAACUCUACGGAAACGGCUGUACCUGAUGAGGUUCUAAAUGAAUUAGAUAAAGUUUUCAAAUCCAUUGAUCAGCUAGAUAAACGUGACACACUAUCUGCCAAUCCUGAGGAUACAGUCAAUAUAUCUGAUUCUUCGGAGAGUGAUCGUGAGAAGCAUAUUAAAUAUAAAUCAUCACCCAAUGAGGAUGUUCAAAUUAUACAAUAUUCUCCCAAAGCAACUAAAGCGGUUACUAUCACACCGGCAAAGACUCAAGAUGAAAAUGGUUCACCCAUUUACAAUGUCAUCUAUAGUCGUGGUCAAAGAAAGCCGGGUGGCAUUGGUUGGAAUGAUGAAAUGCGCAGAUUUUAUAAUGAUUCCUGGAAUGGAGAACAUUUUAUUAUGAGUAAAGUUUUACAGAAAAUGAAUCCUGAUAAAAAUUUAUGGAGAAUUUAUACCGAGGAUCGUUUUAAUAUCAAAUCGAAUAAACGUCAUAACAAUAUGAAAUGCACAAAUUGUUGUGAAUUUGGUCACAUGCGUUCCAGAUGUAAAAGGCCUAGAAAACCUUUAAUUUGUUAUAUGUGCGGUGAUAGUGGCCAUCAGGAGCCAAGAUGUCCAAAUACCAUUUGCUUAAGAUGUGGCAAUAAAACCCAGGUGUUUACCAGAAGUUGCAAUGCCUGUACCUAUCAAAAUCGUCUUAUAUGUCCCAUUUGCAAAAUACGUGGUCAUUCUUUGGACUAUUGUCCAGAUAAAUGGCGUCGUUAUCACUCAACCACCGAACCAAAUACUUAUCCCAAUAGUAGUAUUACUUAUAAUACCCGCAAAUUUUGUUGCAUUUGUGGUGGUCGCGGUCAUUUAUCUGAUAAUUGUCGCAGUGCUGUACGUUUUCUGGAAUAUCCUGCCAAUGUUAGCACCGUUAAAUCUCAUCAGAAAUCCUAUGGAGAUGUUGCGAUUAAGACACCACACAAUGGCAUUGCUUUAAAUUUAAUGUAUGAUCCUUGUCAGGAAUAUAAAUUUGAUUUGGUAGAUGGUACAACACUUGAAAAAUAUUAUGGAAGAUUUUUAAAAGCUGUCAAUUUGGAUUAUUUGAUAAAACGUAAACGUCAGGCAAAUGAAGAUAAUGAUAAUGAGGAAACUGGCGAUACAGCUGCCAAAAAGACUAAACGUUUGUCUAAGAAAUAUGAAGCUAAUCCUUAUUCUAAAGUUGGUGUAGCUAAUCAAAAGAUUGUUGAUACUAAUGAAUCGGCUCCAAAUCAGGUUCAAGAAAUAAGCGAAAGCGGCAAUACCGAUGAAGUGGAAGAUGAACAAAAUCCCCAACAAGAAGUCAUCGAAUUAGACGAAGACAACAGUAAUGCAUCAGUUGAAAGUGACAAUGAAGUUGAAUUAGUAGGCAGCACUGUGGAAGAGUGUGAUAUACAAAUAAAUACCAUAAACAAAAGGCCAGCAGCUUUAACUAAUGAAAACUUUAAAUCACCGAAAAAUGUAACAUCAACUACUGCCACACCAGCAAAAACACAAACAGAACCACCGCUUAUGUUAGAUUCCGAUUCGAAUUAUAGUUUUUCGGAACAUUUCGAUGAGCCCACAACAUUAAACGAAACAACAGAAGUUAUAAGCUUAAAGGAAAAAGAGAAUACAGUACAGGUGGCUGGUGAUUCAAGGCCAAAAGCACGGGAAAUGGAAGCUUUACCAGAUUUUAUACCUCUUAUAGACUCCACCGAGGAUCCUAAGGAACAAAGUGAUAAUGACAAUGAUAAUACCAGAGUUGGAAUUUCUAGAAGAUACGUAGCAGCCGAAACAGAUGAUGAAAUGGAUGAGGUGGAAGAACAGCGGCGACGAACUUUAAGUCCUUUGCCCGAAUUACCCUGUGAGGCUAAAAUCUAUUUGACUCACAUGCAUAGCAAAUAUUUGCUAUCGCCUAUUGGUAAUGCAUUUUUGGUUAAAACUUCUAGGGCACACAAACUAAAGGCACGUCUCGAUUUCACCUCUGUGGGUCAUGUUUUGGUUAUUUUUGGUUUGCCCAGUAAUCAAGAUAAAUUCCAAAGAGAACUUCUUAUGAAAUAUCGCGAAUUAGAAGAUGAAAAUAAUCAAAAACAAGUGCAAAGUAAUAUAAAUGUACCCAAACGCACUGAUGUCUUAAUAAGAUUUUUACGUGAUAAUAUUACACAGCUCUUAACGAAUUUAGGCAAUGUCAAUCAAUUGCUCAAACGUCUACAAUUCCUAGAAAGACAACAAUCCAAAUCGGGCUAUAAAUUAGCUGAAAAGGUGCGUAGAUCAUUGAAUAUGAUAUUGGUAGGACAGGCGGGUUUACAGGAUGGCACUAUGCAUUUAGACAAACUUUUAUUGAGCCUGAAAACUUUAAUGAAUGAUUUCAAUAGUGAAGAUGUUACACCGCCUCAAUUACGUUCUGAAAUAACGGAUCAUUGGAAGAUGAUAUUUUCGCCAUAUCGUCAUGACAACUAUCAGCAAUUGGUAAAUGCCUAUAAUAAACUAAUAUCGAAAAAUCGUAUGCCUAGAUUGGUUAUUGAUCCUUUGCUCUUGGGGCAAAAAGUCUUGGAUACCAGUCUCAGCGAAGAACAAAAACAAAAGUUGGAACAGCCCAAAACAUCAGUGGCGACAAAUAAUACUGUUACUACUAAUGAAACGGCAAAACAAGUUGUACCUAAUCCUUUGAAUCAGAAAAAUUCAAAAUCUUUAAAGCGUAAACAAAACACUGGAGCUAAUACACCUUCCUCCACCACUACUACUCCUACAACAAAUAAAACAAAAGCCUCAAACUCGCGUCCCGUUUCUCCGCAGCAAAUUGAUAGCAAUAAAGCAACACCAGCGGCUAAAACAAAAACUCCAGCACCUACUAAAGCCAAUAAAACACAAAACAAUACUUCGACAACUGUAAAAACAAAAGCCUCCACUUCUACCACUCCAACAGCAGCGAAUAAAUCUAAACAAACUACAAAUGCAACAAAUACCACCACCCCCACAACCUCUAAAACAACCGAAGCACCUAAGAAGCAAACACAAAAAAUAAUGUCUCCACCACCAUUUGCUAAUCCCGAAAAACGUUCAACCGUUAGUACAACCAUUAAAGACGUGUCCGACAAAUGGAAAAGUACCUGUGAUACUUUACUAACCGAAAUAAGUUCAGACAAACCCAAGGACACUAGUGGCGGUAGAAUGCGUGAUUCUAAGCUGCCCUCUGCAUUUUGGUCGCGAGAAUCUAUACGUUAUUUAGAUGAUUGUGUGCGUUUGGUCGCAGCCCGGCCGCAAAUUGUGGAAAAACUGCAACGUGUACAAAAUAAAUCGAAAAACGGACAACUGUCCUACAAUGACUACCUCGCUGUUAUUAAACUACACACGACCCUAAAUGGAAAAUGAACACAUAAUCAUGUCCAAUUUGUAAAUAGUGAAUAUUUAUGAUUUUGAUUUAUAAUAGAUAUGUUAAUCAAGAAGAUAUAUAUGUUUUUUUUUUUGGUAUAUCAAUUAAACUAACAAAUCUUAUAUGAAAAAAAUGUACAAAUCCUAGUUUUUGUACUGCAGAAUACAAAAUGGCAAACUCUUGCAUAUUUCUUUAAAAGAAAUAUAUUGGGUAAAAAUAAAUAAUUAUAAUUUUGACAAAAAAUA